GUGGUCGGGUGUUUAGCGACCAACCCCAGCCUGGGCAGAUCAGCUUGGGGCCAGCCAGGAAUGGCAGGCACUCGGCUCAUGAGCCAGGUGGUCUUGAUGCUGGCGGCCGCGCUGAUGGUGCUGGCCCCUGCUCGUGCUUUUCUCCUCCCUCGUGCUGGAUAUCAGAAGGCUCCCAGGCCAAUCGUAGCACAAGGUGAUGCCCCUGAGGUUGCAGCGGCUGCACGAUCAGAGGACUCUCAGUUUGGCUUCAGCGGCAGCACUUUGUUGUUGGUGGUGGCAGCAGGUGCCGUUGCGCGAGAUGUAGCCAUGCGUGCAGCAUCGCCCAAGGGCAAGAGAGCACAUUGGAGGACACACAGAGACAAGGUGCGUUGGUAUCGCCGUGGUGAGCUACAAGCGAAGAGGGCUUUGGCACUGGGGCGCGGCAUCAAGAUGGGUACCAUUGACUUCAUCUACGGCAAGCCGCAGGACGAAGAUGAAGAUGAAUACGACGAUGAGUACGAUGACGAUGAUGACGACGAGCUUGAAGAGCGAUCCAUCGGGUGAGAGUCGGAGCAGCAAUCUGCGUGGUCAGAGUAAAGCCAAUUCUCCGUGUGUUUGUCCCAAACUCAGAUCCCCCUGC